UUAAUCACUUGCAUUUCCAAAUAUAUCCUUUCUAACUUUAGAAAACUGGCGCGCUCCACCCUGGUCCUCAUUCCCCUGUUCGGUGUGUACUAUAUGAUAUCUGUUGUCAUGCCAGAAUGUAUGGACCCCAGUGUAGAACUCAUCUGGCUGUAUGUGGAGAGUGGUGUCAACUCAUUUCAGGGCUUUCUCGUGGUGUUACUUUUCUGUUUUCUUAAUGGAGAGGUUCAACAUGAAAUCCAUAAGAAAUGGGACAGGAAAUGGAGGUUACGCCGGUUUAGCGCCGCCUCCUCCCGCUCCACUAGAACUCUCUCUAUAGGAUCUACCGUGUUAUUUAAAGACAAGCAUCUCCCAGCUAUACUGUUCCGAGGGGACAUUCCUAGAGAGAAAAGAAACAGUGUUAAACAAAGUUUAGAGUUAAAGAACUUGUGUAAAAAACCUGAUUGUGAUCUCAAAGAAAACAAAGAUGAGGAACAUGAAUGUAUCAAAUUAUUGGAGUCCCCAACAUAAGAAAUGAUGGAUUAUUUUUGUUUUAAUAUGUUAUUUUAGUUCUUCCUAUGGAGGGACCUUAAAUGAGGAUUUGAAUAUUUUUUUAUCACAAAAGGGAAACAAAAACUGUAGGAUUUUUUAACUGAAACUUUUCCAAAUAUAGUUUUAAAGAAUUAAAAUGUUAAAGAGAGAUUGUCUUCGAUUUAACCAUUUGUCACAUUUUUUUCUUUUCACGUUGUUUUCACAAUUUCAACAGGUUUAAAUUAUAUAUGUCUUACUAUAAGUAUUAAGUCUCUGAAACGGGGCAUACAUGUAGAACAGCAAACGUUGAAUGAAACUUAUCUUUUUAACAUAUUCAAAGAAGGAGAAAAAUUUGAAACUUAUUGAAGAUAUGUUUCAAGAAGACUUUUUCCAGUAUUGAAUUAUAAAGUAAUAAAAUAAUAAAAAUUUACAUAUUUUACUUGCAUAUAUCAAAAUAGUGAUAAAAAUUCCUAGUAAAAUGUUCCAGACUUGUUUAGAGGUUUCAAAUGUUUUAUUAAGUAAACUUGCAUUUAAAGUUUCAAAAUCUUAGACUUUUUAAAUCUUAUGAAUUUGGAACAGGAUUGGCUACUUGUUUUAUUUUUCUUUCUUUAAAUUUAAUUUUUUAUAAUGAAUGUAGAACAAACGAAGUUUGCAAUUGAGUUCAGAAUUGUGUUCUGAAAUGAAAGGGAUUGAAAAAACUUAAUAUAUAAAAAAAAAACCAAAACAAUAAGGCCUA